AUGAUUGACGGUGGCUUGAUCGACGAUGGGGUCAGGGACAGUGUUUUUCCCUUGAUUGAUGUGGAAAAUAUUGAUGAUUUAAAAGUAGUCGACUUGAAGAAAGCAUUGGGACUGAGGGGGCUAAAGAAAUCAGGUCUAAAGGGUGAACUAAAAGAAAGACUUCGCCAGGACAUUAUUAGUCACUCUGUAGAAUCCCUUAGUGAUACGUCAAUUUCAUCCGAAGAACAUAAUGGGACCUCGACAAUCCUUCCAAAUCUACCUAGCUUUAAACCUAUAAACCAUUCUUCAGGUUUUAGGGUUUAUUCGACAGAGGGAAAAUUGUUCUGUGACUUCUUUGAUUCGGCAUAUGAUGAGGCGGUGAAAUGGCGGAAGAAUGUAUUUAAAAUUCCUUCAGGGAAAGCGGGCAAAGAAUUCAUCAAAUUACAAUCACAAUGGCUAUCUAAAUUUAAUAAUGAAGAUAGUUUUAUGGGUAUAUCAUUGAAGGUUUUUAUGACCCUUCCAAUGAUUCUUCUGCAAAAGCCCUCAGUAUCGUCAAAAGCAAAGGAACAUUCGCAAGCCUUGAGCCGUAGAAUCAAAUGGCUAAAAGAUGGUGAAUUACAGCGUCUGCUUUCAGAAUGUCGUUCUAUCCAACGUCAAUUACGACCAAAGACAUCCUCGGACAAUCUGUCUAAAACUUUUGCAAAGUUAAUCAUGAUGGGAAACGUUAAUGCUGCUCUUCGUCUUCUUAGCGAAGAAUCUGAUGGUUGUGUCCUACCAUUAUCCGAGGAAGUCCUUCGAAAUCUGCAGGAGAAGCAUCCAGCCCCUGCAGAUAUACAACCAAGUAGCUUACUCCAUGGUCCCAUUAUUGACCUUCGCAAUAUAUCUAUAGCAGUUGAUGAGCAAACUAUACUAACUGCUGCGAAAACACUAAAGGGAGCUGCUGGUCCCUCUGGCCUCGACGCUAAUCAGUAUAUUCGUAUGCUUUGCUCAAAGCAAUUUCACCGUGAAGGUAAAUGCCUGCGUGAACAAAUUGCUUUGUUUGCUGUGAAAAUAGCAACAGAAAGUCUGGAUCCCUUCUGCCUGGAAGCAUAUGUUGCCAAUAGACUUAUCCCCUUGGACAAGUCCCCUGGUAUACGACCCAUCGGUAUUGGUGAGAUUAUGAGGCGCUUGGUUGGGAAAGCGCUAACAAAGGAAUUCAAGCAAGAUUUCAAAGAAGCGACUGGUCCGAUUCAAGUCUGUGCUGGGCAUGAAGCUGGAGCAGAAGCAGCCAUCCAUGCUAUGCAGCAAGUAUGGGAAGAGGAAAACACGGAAGGGAUCUUACUGAUUGACGCAAGUAAUGCAUUUAAUUCACUAAAUCGUCAAGUUGCUCUUCAUAACAUUUUGUUAUUAUGCCCAAGACCAGCGAUAUCCAUAAUUAAUACGUAUCGAAACCCCGCGAGGCUAUUUAUUGUGGGCGGAGGUGAGCUUCGAUCGCAAGAAGGCACAACACAGGGGGACCCAUUAGCCAUGCCUUUCUAUGCCAUUUCGGUCAUGGUAUUAAUUUCAUUUCUUCAUGAUGCAUAUGAUUUGGUGAAACAGGUUUGGUUUGCCGAUGACUCGACCGCAGCAGGUAAACUACGUGCUUUACUGGCGUUUUUUGAAAUGCUAAUAAGCGAAGGCGUAAAGUAUGGCUACCAUGUCAACAGUGGGAAAUCUUGGUUAGUAAUUAAAGAUCCGUGUGAUAUAGAGAGAGCCACUGAAUUAUUUAAAAGUCACGACAUCAAGAUUACAUCCGAUGGUCAUAGAUUACUGGGAGCUGUCAUUGGAUCUACUUGUUUCAGAGAGGAAUAUGUUAAUAGCAAAGUCUCUACUUGGUGUACUGAGCUCGAAAAUCUAUGCUCUAUAGCGAAGUCGCAGCCACAUGCCGCAUACGCUGCUUUUGUGCAUGGUUAUAAGCACAAGUUUACUUUUUACAUCAGGACUAUUCCAAACGUGGCCCAUUUGUUCCAACCUGUAGAAGAAAUUAUUUGUUCGAAAUUUCUACCAACUAUAUUUGGCCAGGAUAUUUCUCAACUUGAUCGGGAAACUUAUGCUCUACCCAUACGUAAUGGAGGACUGGGAAUACCACGUAUCCCAGAAGAUGCUGAUUUCGAGCGAAAUACGUCAAAACUGUUAUGUGCUCCACUAUCUGCUUUGAUCAUCAUUCAAGCAUGUAAUCAACUUCCACAAGACGACGCAAUAACCAACGUAAAGUCCCAAGUUCGAAGUCUUCGGGUGGAAAGAGCAACUACCUCCUCAUUAUCGGUUGAUAUUCAACUUUCCCAAGAGCAGCAUCGAACAAUCUCUUUAGCCCGAGAAAAAGGUGCCUCUGGAUGGUUAAAUGUCUUACCACUGCAAGAAGAAGGCUUCUGUCUGAAUAAAGAAGAAUUCAGAGACGCUUUGGCGCUGAGAUAUAACAAAUAUAUCCCAGAUCUCCCAAGCAUAUGUCCCUGUGGAAAACCUUUCGAUCCUUACCACGCGAUGGAGUGUAAAAAAGGUGGCUUUAUACACGCGCGCCACGACCAAAUGAGAAAUCUGGAAGCUGCUCUCCUCUCUGAAGUCUGCAAUGAUGUUUCUAUCGAGCCACCUUUACAACCGGUGACAGGAGAAGAAUUUGCCUUGAGAUCAACAAACACAGAAGAUGAAUCACGACUUGAUGUGAAAGCUAGGGGUUUCUAUAGACAUGGUCAAAGUGCAUUUUUUGACAUAAGAGUAGCACAUCUUAACGCCGCGUCCUAUAAGUUACUACCAACCCACAAGAUCCUCUCACGUCAUGAGAAUGAGAAGAAAAGAGAAUAUAAUCGAAGAGUAAUUGAAAUUGAGCAAGCAGUUUUUACACCAUUGGUCUUUGGCACAAAUGGUGCGAUGGGUAAAGAAUGUGCGAGAUUUCACAAGAUUCUUGCUACAAAGCUGGCAGCCAAAUUUGGCAAACCAUACUCAAUAACUAUGUCUUGGCUACGUACGAAACUCUCUUUUUGUCUGCUGAGAUCUUCCCUUCUAUGUUUGAGGGGCACUAGAGUUCCUUUUUAUAUGAAUAAUACUAGUUUGUUUGACACUUUGUACUAACUUGAACCUUUUUAAACGAAUUGCUUUAAUGGAUUUUAUAUAUUUUUAGUGUAUCUAGCUAUGCUCAAUCUAUGAAUAAAUCUUUAAAUAAUUUAAGGGGAAGAGAGGCCACUGUUGAUGAAUUUCCAUUCAAACAAUAUUUAUCCUUUCACACUGAUAAACCAGAAGCUGUAAGAAUCUCUUCUACAAUAAGUCGCUAACUGACCACAGUAGAUUUGUGGCGAUCACACCAGUAUCGCCAGUGUCCAGUGCUAAUGGGCAGAUCAGUGAUUCAUACUGACACAUGCUCCAUACAGUCCUAUUCUUAAAAUAAAUAGCACCACACGACCACAAUUUGCGGCCACAACUGAGAGCUAAGAUAAACUAGCUCAUGUUAACUGAACAUGCUUAGAAUGUACAUGGUGACGUGUACCAAAUAUUAAUAGGCCGUGGGCUGUUGGCCAAAAUUAUUUCGCUUCGUGGCACCCAUGUGGGAAAUACUUGGUUUGGGGUUUAUUUGAAAGGCAUAUACGUACAUCACUACCAAAAAAAGUUCCCAAGCAAAAAAGUUGCCCAAUCCCGAGAAAAUGGGUGAUAAAUGAUUAUCCUCUAUUAAAUUGUAUUACAGCAAAAAAAUGGGAAAUUCUGUAUUCAAUUACAAAAAAAAUGACUUGCAUCAUCGGAAAACGUACAAAAACCGCAUAUAAGACUUUUAAACAGUUUUUUAAUUUUUCAAAUAGUAUUUGAGUUAUUGCUAAUGUGAAAAUUGGACAAAAUGUUGCAAUAAGGACUGGGUACUAGGUCAAAAACGCGUUUUUGACAGCGUAUAACUCGAAAACAAUUAUAGAUAUAAAAAAACGUACUGUUUAAAUGUCUUAUAUGUAGGUUUUUGUCAGCUUUCUGAUAAUGCAAGUCAUUUUUGUUUUAAUUGAAUACAAAAAUUUACAUUUUCUUGCUGUAAUACAAUUUAAUAGAGGAUAAUCACUGAUCACCCAUUUUCUCGGUGUUGGGCAGGUUUUUUGCUUGGGAACUUUUUGUGGUAAUUAAGCAUCUAUGGUUCUGUGAAUUGAACAACUUACAGAAAAUCUAUUUCCCAGGAGGGUGCCACGAAAUUGCUUUUCUAGGCACGUUUUUGCACAACAGCCCACGGCCUAUAAUGAGGAAAACUGCUAAAGUACUUCAAGGCAAAGUUUUUUUGUUUGCUGGCAGAAUUUCGAGAUUAAAGCCUGUGUUCUAAAAGCUCACUCGCACUUAAAGAGUGGAGGUUCGAUCGGAGCUUGCCUAAAGGCCGGCGCACACUGGAGUUAUGUGCUUAGCCAAAUUUCAUUCGUGCCCAUUGGCGUAAGGAGAUAGCUCUCGUGUGCGGGCGAUUUACGAACAACUUUUGUCAUUCGUGCCACUUACGCCAAAUAUCAAACAUGUUUGAUAUUUGGCGUAAGUGGCACGAAUGACAAAAGUUGUUCGUAAAUCGCCCGCACACGAGAGCUAUCUCCUUACGCCAAUGGGCACGAAUGAAAUUUGGCUAAGCACAUAGCUCCAGUGUGCGCCGGCCUUAAAAUGUCAUAGUAAGGUACGACACUAACCCUCUAGCUAUUUCAAAAACAGCAUUGACACUGCAGGCAAUGUUAGAUUGAACCUCCACUCUUUGAGUGUGAAUAAGCUUUUAGGAUAUACAGGCGUAUAAAUAAAGGUUAAAGACCCAAUAAAAAUACGUAAGUCUGUAUUUCUUGAGAAAAAUAUCAGGAAAAAUAAUCUGUUUUAAACCACUUUUUCCAAGUUUGACUGUCAAGAAUUGAAUAAUUUACUGUUAAUAUACAGCUUGUUCUUAAGCUAAAUGUGAUUGGCUGAUUUGGGGUCACGUGGCUUUAGAUAAAUGCAAUGUAAUAACUAUAUCCAGCAAGUGAAUAAUUGUUGCUCGCUCCAAGUCAAACGUUUAGAAAGAACGAUCCAGUUUCGAAAACAAUACAGUAUCUAACAGAGAAGAAAAGUUAACACAUUGACAACCGGAAAUGCUGAUCAAACACUUUUCGCACGUUUUUACUGUUAAAAUCAUGUACAUAAAAGAGUUUUAUUCAUGAAAUAUAAUAAACAGCGUUUGCCUAGGACGGUUUAAUUAAAGCAACCAAGUACUAUAUAUGUACAAUAUUAAAGUGCUAUAUAAACUCAGUAAUAAUGGUUUAGUAAAGAUAGUGUUAGGCCUAUCUUUUGCCGCUAUACUGCCAAGAAGAAAUCAUCACACCCGAGGUUGACCAAAAAAAAUUAUUUAAAUUAAGAGCAUUUGAUUACUUUCAUCGCCUCGCGACGCAGUACUGUAUUUCUAUAGAAAAAUAUUAAACAAUUGAACGUGGAACUCAUGCUGACAGAUGUAGUAGCCCAGAGUGCAAGUGAUGAAAACUGUUGUCCGUAUAAUGGCAUUUCCCACUUCCAACAUAAACCAAAAUAA